CAGCGCCUAGCAGCAGGAAGAGGAAGAGGAAGAACAUGGCGGGCGCGGCGGGACCUGGCCCGGGCCCGGGAGCCGCGGGUGGCGAUGGAGACGAUUCGCUCUACCCGAUCGCGGUUUUAAUCGACGAGCUCCGCAACGAGGACGUCCAGCUCCGCCUCAACAGUAUUAAGAAGUUAUCAACUAUUGCUUUAGCACUUGGAGUAGAAAGGACUCGAACUGAACUGCUGCCAUUCCUUACAGAUACAAUAUAUGAUGAAGAUGAAGUGCUAUUAGCUCUUGCUGAGCAGCUGGGAAAUUUUACCGGCCUGGUGGGAGGACCUGACUUCGCCCACUGUUUGCUGCCUCCUUUAGAAAGCCUGGCGACUGUGGAAGAGACAGUGGUUCGAGACAAGGCGGUGGAAUCCCUGCGGCAGAUUUCCCAGGAGCACAACGCUGUUGCUCUGGAAGCUCAUUUUGUACCUCUGGUGAAACGCCUCGCGAGCGGGGAUUGGUUCACAUCUCGAACAUCUGCAUGUGGCUUGUUCAGUGUUUGCUAUCCCAGGGCUUCAAAUGCUGUCAAAGCAGAAAUCAGACAGCACUUCCGUUCCUUGUGCUCAGAUGACACACCAAUGGUACGGCGUGCUGCUGCUUCCAAAUUGGGUGAAUUUGCAAAAGUUUUGGAACUAGACAGUGUGAAAAGUGAGAUUGUUCCAUUGUUCACUAACCUAGCUUCAGAUGAACAGGACUCCGUGCGUCUCCUAGCUGUGGAAGCUUGUGUCAGCAUUGCACAGUUACUAUCCCAGGAGGACCUGGAGACUAUGGUGAUGCCCACACUUAGACAAGCAGCAGAAGAUAAAUCUUGGCGAGUUCGAUAUAUGGUAGCUGACAAAUUUUCAGAGCUCCAGAAAGCUGUUGGUCCUAAAAUUACUCUAAGUGACCUCAUUCCCGCCUUUCAAAACCUUCUUAAAGAUUGUGAAGCUGAAGUCCGAGCAGCUGCUGCCCACAAAGUCAAAGAACUUAGUGAAAACUUGCCCACUGAAGGCAGAGAGACCAUAAUUAUGAAUCAAGUUCUGCCCUAUAUAAAGGAGUUAGUAUCUGACACAAACCAGCAUGUCAAAUCAGCGUUAGCUUCUGUAAUUAUGGGGUUGUCUACCAUUUUGGGCAAAGAGAACACCAUUGAACAUCUUCUGCCUCUAUUUUUAGCCCAGUUAAAGGAUGAGUGUCCUGAAGUUCGUUUAAAUAUCAUUUCCAACUUGGAUUGUGUAAAUGAAGUGAUCGGUAUUCGCCAGCUCUCUCAGUCUCUCCUGCCUGCCAUUGUGGAGCUGGCAGAGGAUGCCAAGUGGAGGGUCCGACUGGCCAUCAUUGAGUAUAUGCCGCUGCUGGCAGGUCAGCUGGGUGUGGAAUUCUUUGAUGAGAAACUGAACUCUUUGUGUAUGGCCUGGCUUGUGGACCAUGUGUAUGCCAUUCGUGAAGCUGCCACCAACAACCUCAUGAAACUAGUCCAGAAGUUUGGUACAGAUUGGGCCCAAAAUACCAUUGUUCCGAAAGUACUAGUGAUGGCAAAUGAUCCUAAUUACUUACAUAGAAUGACCACUUUAUUUUGUAUUAAUGCACUGUCUGAAGCUUGUGGUCAGGAAAUAACCACUAAGCAGAUGCUGCCUAUUGUGUUGAAGAUGGCAGGAGACCAAGUUGCGAAUGUUCGUUUCAAUGUGGCCAAAUCUCUACAAAAAAUUGGACCAAUUCUAGACACUGAUGCUUUGCAGGAGGAAGUUAAGCCGGUGCUACAGAAGUUAGGCCAAGAUGAAGAUAUGGAUGUGAAAUACUUUGCACAGGAGGCUAUAAGUGUGCUUGCGUUGGCAUAAUGAGGAACAGAAGGGAAAAGACUUUACUAAAUUCUUACCACAGAUUUCUAGUCAAUAUGUUCUUAAACUGGUUGGAGAAAAAGGUAGAAAAUCUUCAAGACCUCAUCCAAGCAAAUGAUAACAACUUAGAAGAAAUCAACUUUCAGUGACUUGACUCUUUCUAAAAAUGAAACGGGAUUGUUUUUUACUUGUCUCCCUUGUUGGGAUAAUUAUAUGUAAACCAUAUAAUUAAACCAUAUUCUUAAUGUUUGUGACUAA